AGAAGAAGAACGCCCAUUUUGCUCACACUGUCCGGCAUCGAAUCGUGCUGAAAUAUCAACAGAAGAGGACAAAGAGCUGCAAUGGACGGUGAUGUUGCGGUUGGUGUGAAGAGAGGCUCAGAUGAGCUCAACAUGUACAGUAGCAGCCCCAACUCCAUGACCGCAAACGGCAGUGACAGUAAGAAACAGCGUCUGGAUGAAUCCCCUCCCUCCAGAGUUCUCCACAUCAGGAAACUUCCUAACGAAGUGUCAGAGACUGAAGUCAUUGCCUUGGGGCUGCCCUUUGGAAAGGUCACCAAUAUACUGAUGCUGAAGGGGAAAAAUCAGGCCUUUCUUGAGUUGGGAACAGAGGAAGCAGCCAUCACAAUGGUGAACUACUACACAGCUGUCACGCCCCAGGUCAGAAACACUCCUGUUUUCAUCCAGUACUCUAACCAUAAGGAACUGAAGACAGACUCAGCUCUGAACCAGAGGGCCCAGGCAGUGUUACAGGCAGUGUCAGCGGUCCAGGAUGGGAGCUCUCCGUCCUCUGACCCUGGAGUCCUGGACCUGGCUCCUCCCCCCAGCCCCGUGCUGAGAAUCAUCAUUGACAACAUGUUUUAUCCCGUCACACUGGACGUGCUACAACAGAUCUUCAGUAAGUUUGGGACGGUGAUGAAGAUUAUCACCUUCACCAAGAACAACCAGUUCCAGGCUCUUCUUCAGUUCAGCGACCCCGUCAACGCACAACAAGCUAAACUGUCCUUGGAUGGGCAGAACAUCUAUAACUCCUGCUGCACUCUGCGGAUAGACUUCAGUAAACUGGUCAACCUCAACGUCAAAUACAACAACGAUAAGAGUCGAGAUUACACCAGACCGGACCUUCCUACUGGAGACGGAGAGUCCGCCAACAAGGAUCAUUCUUUACUGGGUACCCCAUCCGGAGCUCUAGCUUCCUACUCUAGUGGAGGAGGUUACUCAUCUUCUCUCUCCCUCUCGCAGGGUGGAGGAGCCAUCAGUCCUCUGAGUGCUGCAGCAGCGGCGGCAGCAGCUGCUGGUCGAGUCGCUCUGUCCGGGUCCGGAGUGUCAGGAGUCCUGCUGGCGUCCAAUCUAAACGAAGAGAUGGUCACGCCUCAAAGUCUCUUUACCCUCUUCGGAGUGUAUGGUGAUGUCCAGAGGGUGAAGAUCCUGUACAACAAGAAGGACAGUGCUCUGAUCCAGCUGUCUGACGGCAACCAGGCUCAGCUGGCUAUGAGCCACUUGAACGGUCAGAAGGUGUUUGGUAAAGUGAUGAGAGUGACUCUGUCUAAACAUCAAACUGUGGCUCUGCCCCGAGAAGGACUGGACGACCAGCUGCUGACUAAAGACUUUUCUGGCUCACCACUUCACCGCUUUAAGAAGCCAGGAUCCAAAAAUUUCCAGAACAUCUUUCCUCCGUCUGCAACGCUUCACCUCUCCAACGUCCGGGAAGGAGUUGGAGAGGAUGAUCUACGUCUCCUGUUCUCCAACAGUGGAGGAACCGUUAAGGCCUUCAAGUUCUUCCAGGACCGUAAGAUGGCCCUGAUCCAGAUGACUUCAGUGGAGGAGGCCAUCCAGACUCUGAUGGACCUCCACAACUACGACAUGGGAGGGAACCACCACCUGAAAGUUUCCUUCUCCAAGUCGACCAUCUAACCCUCCCACCUGACUCCUAAACCUGAAGAUACACAUGACGAGCGAGAGAGUCACUACCAUACGUCUUCUUCUUUUCUUUUUUCUUUUUUUUACAUCUUCUGUUAACCUCUUCUGCGCUGUCCCCAAAGCUUUAAUUAAGUCGUGAUGUCAUCACUGAAAUCUCCUCCAGUGUCUACAGCUUCAAAGUGAAACAUUGGAGAUAGUUUUCAGUUAAAAUAUUGAGAAAAUCCAAAUAGUAAAAACAAAAACUAAUUUUCGUAGCCAGUAGAAGCAUGCAUACAUCAUGUGUCCGGGCAUAAAGGCAGUUUUUCAAAGUUUACAAAUUCCAAAUAUAGAGCAUCCUAAUAAUCUAAACACCAGCGGAAAAUACUGUUUUUUGUUUAUCUCCUGUGGUUUAAUUUCUUUCUUUUCUCCUUGCUGUAGUGAUUUAAACGUGACUUUACCAACCACAGCCGUCAGGAGCUCCUUUCACACAGUUGUUCUGCCAGUAAGCCGCCAGUGGAAAGUAUUAAAAUAAACAAAUCGACAUGUAAAGUACAGUAAAAGUACUACUACCACACUGUGAAAUUACUCCACUACAAGUAAAACUCCUGCAUAUAAAACUAACUGAAGUACAAAA